AGAGAGAGUAUCUUCCCCUUUAAACAAUAGGUUUAUUUUUCAAGGAAAGAUAUUUGAUGACGUGAAACAGUAGUGUAAAGUUAAAUAAAAUGUAAACCAUAUUUUUUAAUUAGACUCUUACUACUCUUAGAUGUAAAAAUAAAACUUAGAAAGUUUAUCAGUUUCGAUCACAAUAUUGGCCAAUUGAUGAUUUAUGACAGUGACAUUUUUAUUUUCAAAUUUAAAAUGAAUUAAAACCAGGACGUUUUUGAAAUUUUCAAAAGCCAAAUUAAAGUUUAAUAAAGCCUAAAUGAAUGACUAAAUGCCAUGACAUAUUAUAUUUAAAAUCGUUUGGCGUCAUACUAAUAUAUUAGGCUAUUAACCAUAUAUUAUUAUCAUGUUGCAAUAUGAAUAUCUGUAAAAAAAAAUAAUCAAUUUUAUGUGGCUGCUUACCACUGAUAAAUCUGACUUCUGUCAGUUUUGUUACAUAACAGUACAUUGAUUGAAAGUAUUGAGCCACUUAAGAAAAAUAUUUUUUUAAAAUAAUUAUGAUUAGUCUAUUAUUAUUAUUAUUAUUGAUGUGUGAUGACUCUGAUGACCUUUUGAUGGAUGAAUUUUAAACUUUGGUAUUUAUUCACUCCUGGAUCUGAGAUGAACUUGAUCUUUUCAAACAUUACUCAUUGUUUAUUUUGUAGCCUUAAAAUUAAAGUUUACUAGUCACAACUUACCACCAACCAGAGUAACCAGGAUGACCAAUGUUAAAAUACCAGUCCUGAACAAGUUACAAUAAUAAUCUGAAUGGUCACCUAUGACUAUGAUAAUAAUUUAUCAUCAGAGUAUGAUAUCAUCUGAUAUUAAUAAUCGGUAAAUGCAGACAAUUGGUGCCAUGACAUAUCACACGGCUGCCAUUUUGGUUGCCACGACCCGUGAACUUUUACUUUUAUAAUUUACUGUCACUAAACCUAACCUGUCACCAAACAUUAACAGCCAAUCUUGAAAGGAAAAUAAAGGCGAUGGAGAUGAGAUGCUUCAGAAGCAUUUUUGGCAUCUGCUAUAGGGAACAUAUCUCCAAUGUUACAGGGAAAGAAAGGGUUCAGCAGGCUAUUGGGGAGUACGAUGACCUACUGGUGACUGUGAAAAAACGCAAAUUACAAUGGUACGGCCACGUAACAAGGAAACAAGGGCUUGCCAAAGAAAUAUUGCAGGGCACCACAAGAGGAGGGAGAAGAAGAGGAAGACAAAGAAAAAGAUGGGAGGAUAACAUCAAAGACUGGAGAGGACUAACACUGGGCGAUGCAGUGCGUAGUGCUGAAGACAGAGAGGAAUAGAGGAGGAUGGUUCACAUGUCAUCUGUGGCACCCCAACGGUCCAAGGACUAAGGGACAUGGGGAUGAGGAGGAGGAAACCUAACCUGAACCCUAAAUGUAUCCCUAAACCUAACAUGAACCCUAAAUGUAUCCCUAAACCUAACAUGAACCCUAAAUGAAGUAAAUGUAUCCCUAAUGGCACCAAUUUUCUGCAUUAGCCGGAAAGCCGAAUAAUCAAUCAUGAGAUGAGACGAUUGAGUAGCCUAUGAAUACGAGGCCAAUCUUGGAAUGACAGUCUCAGCUGCAUUUUUCACAGGAUAGCCUUGACUCCAGGUUAAAUUUGGCCUUCGGCAUCCUUUUUUUGUUGAAUCUUCUGCUUUUUGACUCCUUACAUUGCUGUUCACCAACUGGAACGAUGCUCAUCGAUAAUCUACCAUUCAUUGAUUUCACUAGUGCUAAUCAUGGGCAAUGGUUUAUGGAGACUAGCAGUGGCCCAAUGCAGCUGAUCCCCACUCUCGAUGCAGCAAAUGGAUGCAAAGGAAUGAUAACAGUCAAUUCAACUUGGCACUAACUUGUCACUAUAGUAUAGGCAAAGACCUAAUAAUAUUAGUAGUGAUACAAAUUUUUUAAAAAUUAAUUUAUUUCUCUACUUGCCAUUCCUUAUACCAGUUCUGUAAAGGCUUUUGGACCUUUGUUUUUCCUGGUUAGUCAUAAUUUGUAACCAGUAGAGUUAAAGACUACUCAAUCAAUAACGGAUUAAUUGAACAAAAAAGAUUGAGGGCAUUUGAUAUCCAGCCCUUAAUAAAUGAAACAAUUUUAAAAAAAAAAUAAUUCAUCCAAAUUAACAGCAUAAUAAUUUAUCUUUUUUUUAAGAACGCCUCACAAAAAUAGAGAUCUCUGUGUAACCACAAAUAAUUUUUCAUAUUUUUACACCAAUGGUGCCAAAACGAUUUUAAACAUCCUAAUUAUAAUUUUUUUUAAUAUGUUCUGGUUUUCAAUUUGAAAAUAAUGGUCACCCUAAUAAAGUAGCUACUGCGUGUUAUAAUAGACUCAGUUAAAACUGAUGUAGUCUUAAGUAAUAUAAAAGUUAGAUUUCUGUGUAAAUUCUCAGUCAAUCUGAAAAAAAAAAAAAGGGUUUUUAAAAAAAUAAAAUUGUUACACUCCGUUAGUAAUGUGUAUGAGUUGGGGCAAUACCAGUUUAUAUUUUGUUUUUUUUUUUUGUGUGUUGAUUAAAAGCAAUUUGCUGGUUUGGAUUGCCAAAUUUUAUAAAAAUAAUGGUAACCCUAAUAAAGUAGCUACUGCGUGUUAUAAUAGACUCAGUUAAAACUGAUGUAGUCUUAAGUAAUAUAAAAGUUAAAUUUCUGUGUAAAUUCUCAGUCAAUCUGAAAAAAAAAAAAAGGGUUUUUAAAAAAAUAAAAUUGUUACACUCCGUUAGUAAUGUGUAUGAGUUGGGGCAACACCAGUUUAUAUGUGGAUUUUGUUUUUUGAGAGUUGAUUAAAAGCAAUCUGCUGGUUUGGAUUGCCAAAUUUUAUCUUGCAUAAUAUUUAAUGGCAUACUAUUGCAUGCUGUUAGAUGUAUUGACCCUAACUACGUUAAUUUUAAGUCUUAUUUUGAAAUUAAUUUAGUUCUGAUCAUUUGUUUUAGAGUGUUACAAGAUGGCACAAGCAGUAGAAGAACCAGGCUAUGGUAAUGUAAAAUUAUCCAAAAAUAUUUUGGAGAAUUCAUGGCAAUAGAAUACUUAAAUAUAUUUACUGAAAAACAAUAACUUUUUUAGAAAAAAAUAUUGUUAUUAUUUUUUGCAUGUGCCUUUAGGUUUUUUAAUUUGAUAUUUGAAAGGAAAAGAUGAUAGUCUAAUUCUUUAAACUGCAGAAAAUUAUUUAAAGUCUUUUCAUAAUUUUUUUAUUACUUUUUAGCUGUUGAUGAAAAUAGCAAAGAAGGGUUUAUUCGUCUGAAGAUAAAGAUUGAUGGUCUAAAAGUUAAAAGUCAAGGGCUGAGUAUAUUAAAUAAAUUACAAGGUACUCACCCUCACCCUGAAUCCAAAAAUGCUACUAUUGAGAAACCUGAAAUACACAAAAGGUUUGUAUUUUAAAUAAAUUUUUAACUUUCAUUUUUUAUAUGAUUUAAAGUAAUAUAUGUACACAUAUAUACAAAAAUGUUUAUUUAUUUAUAAAAUAUAUAUAAAAUAUAUAAAAACUUAAAUUUCUGUGUUUCUUCUUGCAUCAUCUCUUAAGUUUUCUAAUUUAAACUAUUUUUGCUUUGUUCUUUAUUCUCAAAGGGAUAUAUCCAAAAUAUUCUGUGGUAAUUCUUAAGAAUCAGGGCUGUGUCGCUACUUUCAGAAAGCAUUAAAAAUUGUAAUUUUUCAUGUGAAAUAUUUGUCAUACCAUUUUUUUUUUUUUUAAGGUGGGCACUUCAAUCCAAGCUUGCCUUGGGCACAGCUUUUGCUUGCUAUAGCCUUGAUAAGAAUUUACUGUUGAAAAUUUAUUAACUUAAUAUCAUUUAGUGAUCCAUGAAUACAGAAUAUUUUAGUGCAUACAUUUCCAUAGUUUCAUUAAAGGUUUCCAAUAAAAAAGGAUACACCAAAUUAUAGCAGCCAUAAAAUUUUUUACUUGCUGUGGAACAAUAGUUAUGAUUCCAAUGAUUAAAAUAAUUACCUCACCAGUUUUUAGCUUGCUGUUCAAAACUUACAAAAGAUUGCUGCAAAAUGUGUUCUUACUUCUAAUGACAGGGGCUUUGCACUGGAGGUUAAAGGUGGAUUGGACACUUCUAUGAAAGGUGCCCAUUACAGAUUGGCCAUAAAACAAUUGCCUUAUGACAUUGAUGUGGAUGGGUGUUAUCUGAAAGUAAGUGGAAAGAAAAUUAAUGAUUUAUAGUAUACAUUUUUUAUCCUCAAUUUUCUAAAAAAUGAAAAGAAACAAUGGAAUGUCUAGAAAAAUAUUUUAGAAAUGUAAAAAUGAUCUGUAGCGAUGUGAACUGGUACUAAAUUUUUAUUUGUACUAUUUAGUGAAUUCUUUAUCCAAAAAAAAGUUUUUUAAAUUUUUAAUAAAAAAAUGUUACAUGAUGUGAUCACUGUUACUAAUUUUCACAAAGUUAGAAAUGGGCACUUCAAAAGAAGUAAGAAAUGUAAAUAUGUAAUUACAUAUUGGAGUUUUUUUUCAAAUCAUUUAAAAUAUGCAUUGGAUUCUUAUCCUUUUUAUGUUGCCAUUAGGAUACUCAAUACCAAGUUAAAGCAGCAACGCCCCAGUAAAUCUUUGUAAAUAUGAUAUCCUGUCUUAAUAUUUUAAAAUGAAAAAAUAGUUGAUAUCUCCUCACAACUGAUGUUCUAAAUUGAUGACUAGAGAUCACGUCAGUCUUAAUUUUAAUAUAUUAUGUGUUUUGAAAGCCCUUCUUAUUUCAUGAAAGUACUCAAUAAUUUUAAGUUGUAUUUUCCUUUUUCCUUCCUUUUUUCAUCCUUUCUUUUUUAUUUCAUUUCUUAAAGUGUUAUAAAUUCAUUUUUUUCCCCUGAUAUUUCCUUAGGGUGAAGAUGGUUGGCUAUAUUUAUUUCUAAAAAAACAAGAAGCAUACCAGUCCUGGGAAAAAUACAUCAGAGAAGGAAAUUUAGAGACUUCAAGCGACUAGUUUGAAUAAUUAAAAUGUUGGAGAGAAAGGUAUGGCUUGAUUGAUGUUAUUAUUAGAAGAAAAAGCUCUAUAAGGUAUAUAUUUUUUAAAUUUUAUAAAAUUGUAUCAUACUAUGUUUCCAUGACAUUAUGUAAAUGCACUGCCUAAGACUGUCCUUCAUUGCCUCUUAGACAUUGAUCAAAAUGACAGGAUGCAGGAAAAGCUCAGAAGAAUUUAAAAGGAAUUUGUUUUUAAAAAAAAACCUUGAUUUCUUUUAUUGUUUCAUGUAAAUAAUUUUGAAAUAAAUUUGACAAAUUUUUUUUUUUAACUAACUGGAUAUUUUAAAAAGUAACCAUCGUUCCUCUCAGCUAGUCUUAUGACCUUUGUCAAAUGAAAAUUAAAGUUCCACCAUUGACAAAAGUAAGGGUAUUAACAAUAAAAAUGUUUCUCAAUAUCCCCUUACAAAAUAAUUGAAAUUGCAAAAGAUGUAUUAUUUUUUUUACAGUUUAUUUUUUUAAUGAGAUGUUAACUUGAUAAUUGUGAUAAAUUUAAUAUCAAUAUCAUGUUUUGAUAGUUAAAUUUCUAGUUAUUUAAUUAUGAUAAAAAUGCUGUAUUACUUUUUUUUUUGUUGUACUAAUGUGUGUGUCCCAGGAUGUUUUGGUUGUUUAUUUUUUUAUAGUUUUAUUUUUUACUCAUAACAAUGCAUUGGGAUUUUAAUUCUUAGCAAAUAAGGAAAAAUGACCAAAGUGCUCUCAAAAAAGAAGAAAAAAAGGCCUAUCACCAAUAGUUCUUUUCAUUGUUUAAUAGAUUUUUUUGCGCAUUGUACUUACAUUUUUUAAUAAAUAAUUUAGCUCUUAUGUAAGUGCUAUGUAGCUAAUAUUUUAAUGUGAAAUAAACAUGUUUAUGCAUGUGACACUAUCAAUUCAGUUGAAAACUAGGUGAAAUCAUUUUUGGGAUAUUUGCACAACACUGUUGUUUACAAGGCCACAGAAGUAUUUUCUUAGUGCUAAACUGUUUUCUUCUUUCCAUUUACUAUUUCUUGCUCUUGAUAUCAUAAUCAUUAAUUCCUGACCCCUCACAGUAAUUGUCACAUUAUCAGAUCUAUUUACCCCCAAACUCUUAAAAUAUCAUCACAAAAUCGUUCAAUACAUUAUCUUAAUCGUGAAAAAUAAACAUACAGUAUAUAUAGUGUAUACACCUCAAAAUCGUAUAUUGUACGCCAAAAUCGUAAGAGUAAACAGGUCUGCAUUAUUAUAUAUAUAUAUAUAUUUUGGUGAUUGGAAGUUUAUGUCCUGGGGCUGAGCUUUGAUUGAACAAUGUCAAAUUGUUAAGUCAUAAUGGCUUAAGACAGCUUGUGUGGCCAAUGGCCAUCCCUGAACAAACUAGCAUUAAAUAAAACUGUUUUUUGUUAAAUUUUAAGAAUUCUUUCUUCUCUAUCCAAAGGAGAUUAAGAAAAAAUGGCCCCCACCCCCCAACUCAUUUUCCAAUACAGCUAGGGCAGUAGUGAGGGUGCCUGGGGGGGGGGGGUUCCCCCCCUAAUCUGCACCAAAUUAUUUUGUUUUAAAUAUAAAGAAAAAGAGCCUUUUUCUUUUCUAAAAUCAAUUUUACACGCACAACAGUUGAUGUUAUAAAUCAUGAAAUAUCAAUGAUAGAAAUAUCUCUGACCAUGCGAACACGGCCUUUCAUUAUGAAGAGACAACUCAAGAUGUCCCAAAUUUAAAAGAAUUUGUUGGGUUUUCUUUUUUUGGUUCAAUUAAAGGUCAACGAAGCAAUUUGUUGUUUUUUUACACUAGCGUACUUAGCCAUAAAGGAGAACACAUUUCUUUAACAAUAAUUAAGCUAACAAGACAUAAUGGUUCGGAACCAACUGCAUGUGUGUAUUUUAACUAAUUUCAAUAAUUUUACUAUUAUCAUUGUACUACAAUGCUGUUAAACAAGUGGGUGAGGUUCCGUUUAGCCUUGUGUAAGGCUUUUAUUUAUAAUGUUGUUAUCAAAUCUUAGUUUGAAUGUGUGGAGCUUGUUUUUCAUUGCCACAUUGAUUUAUAUUUCCAGUAUUAUUUGUUCUUUUGUGGUUUGAAAGGGAAAAAAAAUUAAAAUAUCCACUUAAAUCAUCUCUUUAUAUUUUAAUGCUCUGAAAUAAAUCAAUUUGCAUUUUUGUAUCUACUUAUUGAUGUAAGUCACAGAUAUCUCAUCAUUACAUGGCAUUUACUUUUAUUGUAAACUCUUACUAUUUAAAUGCUUAACUUACCAAAGUUUGCAGACUCUGGUUUCAUCUAAUAUAUCCACAUGCUCAUUUUAUAAUUUUUUUCACAGAUCCUGUUCAUGGCUUGAUGCUAUAUAGAAAGAAAAAAAAUCAUACUAAAUAAUGAUAGUCUAGUUACAACUAAAUUUUAUUAGAUUUUAGAACACAGUUAUCUUGCAACUCCACUCAUUCUGCUACCCCUUCUAUGUUUAGAUGCUAAGAUUAUGAGCCUACAUUGACUAAUAUACUAACACAUUUGCACAAAAUCAGAUAACUAAAACAUAAAAAAUCUUCUUACCUUUAAGAAAAGUUGUAACGUAAUAUUUCCUCAUCGAUGCCUCUUCUUUUACUAAAUCCAUUGCACAAAGGUCCACAUUUUUCUUUGUCACGAAUUGGAUACUUAUUUCUCCACUUAUGAAUGAAUAUAUUUACUCUCCAUUAGUAAAACUACUAAAAUUAUAUCAAUUUUUAAAAACAUUUUUAUAUAUCUUAUUUUACAGAAUAGUCUUUGCGUGUAUUGAACUAUUUAGUGAACUUUUUAUUAAUUUUGAUACUUAGAGCUAAAUGAAUUUGAUAAUUCCUUUAUUCAUAUAACUCAUUUUUGACUUAAUUUAUAUGGCAAAUUUAGUUAAUUGUAACCAUAUUUAAUAUCAUGUUGUUUGGAUUUAUAAUGCAUGUAAAUUUUCCUGUUAAUUUUAAAGGACUCAAAUUGAAAGUAAUUUAUUGUGUGUGCAUCAGUUAUAAAUUUUCUUAGCUUUUUUUUAAAGUAAUUGAUUUGUGCCAUUUUUUAAAUUAAAUGCUUCCAUUAUUUUUAAAUGGAACAUCAAUUUGAUUAUCAAAAUUAUCUUGCAUUUUAUUUCAUUCAUGGAAUAA